AUGGCAGCUGUUGCUGCCAUUGCACCGGUAAUAUCUUCCUUUGUUUAUGAAAACUUAAUCUUUCAAAUUCAAGCGAUUCAAAAUCAAGUGGCAAAAAUCGAAAAUGUACUUCAAAGUCGAAUGGCAAAUGAAAAGAAAACGCGAGAUCAAUUGAAAUUCCUUUCAUUAACGUUUAUUGAUCCAUAUGGUAAUCCAAUAAUCAAUGAAUACAUGGAUCAUAAAUUGAUCAAUAAUAUAAUAAGAAAAUAUAAGAAGGAUUACGUACCAAGAUAUCUGCAACAGUGGACGGAAAUUGGUACUAUGGAGCAGAAUAUUAUCUCGCCAAUAGCCGAUUGCAAGCUACGAUCGACUGUAUCUUGCUAUGUAAGUAGUAGCCGAUUUAUUGCAUAUGGUAAAUUAACUGUAUGGCUUGGAAGUUAUGAGAGUUCCACUCUUGGAAAACUUGUACUAAAUGUUCUAUUAAUGGAUAAUUUGGAGAAAAUCAAAAUGCAAAUAGCCAUACAUGAACAAUUUGCUAGUAUGGAAUUCAGAUCAUGUACAUUAAAUGAACGUCUGAAACCGAACGAAAAAGAUUGGGCUGAAGGUACAGUGCUAAAUUCGGAAGAUACAAUUAUGUCAUGCCGGUUGUAUCAAGAUAAUUGUGUCUUAAUGGCAAAAGUCAGUAAAGAAAAGGUAAUUAUUGCUCAUACAUUUCCUCUAAUCUCACAUAAUUUUGUUUUCUCCUUGAAGACUAGGGUCACAGAUUCCGGUACUGAUUUUCAAAUAUUUAUUAAAACUUUAACUGGACGGACUCUUGGUUUAACUGUGAAUUCUACCAUGAAUAUAGGUACCCUGAAACAAUUAAUAGAAGACAAGGAAGGUAUUCCUGUAGAUCAACAACAUCUUAUAUGUGCUGGCAAACAGCUAGAAGAUCACAGAACUUUUAGUGACUACAAUAUACAAAAGGAAUCUACGUUGCAUAUCAUAAAGCGUUUGAAAGGCGGAAUGUACCAUUUUACUAGUGGUCGACAAGAUUUUCGAAAUCUUGCUUAUCAUGAUGCCGAAGCAGUUAAAGAUGUCCUUGCACUCAAGCUUGAAGACAUGGAUAAUGCCGAUCACUUAUCAUCAGCUGAAUUACAACAAUCUAUUCUACAAGCACAUACUGUUCUGUUAACUUUAUAUCGUAGCACUACAAAUAUCUAUACGCCAAAUAAUCUUCCAAACCUAAAAACCAUCAUUUUGCCAAUUGAUGAUGAUGAUAAUGACAACGAUGACAUUGAAGAUGAUGAUGUGUUAAACGAGCAAUCACAAUCAUCUUCCCCGGAGCAACUGAGAGUAUAUCGCUUAUUAGAGCGUAAUGUACUCAAAGAUUUGCUCAUUAAAGAAGAACAAAUGAGACUCAAUGCAGAAACUCAACAUUUAUUGGCUAGUAUCGAAGAUCGAAAAGACAUUGAUUGGAUGGAUAUGAUAUCCGAUCUACAAACGAAACUAAUUACUGAAGCGAUCGGUGACAAUGCUACACAAGAUGAAGUCCAGCAUGGUUUGAGAAUCAUACGUUGUGCUCAUCAGUUAUAUGCCGAUGAUGUUGAAUUUCGUGCGCUAUCCCUCUACAUUCGGCAUAAUCGUGCUAGGAUAGGAGAUUUGAGAAAUGGUGAUCCGGCGAUUGACGUCGAACUAUUGAAUAUGGAUGGUGAAUUUGUUUCUUUACUAUCUCAGCAUCACAGUCGACCUUUAUUAAUUAUUGCUGGUUCGUAUACCUGA